GGCAAGACCGACCUUUGCACCGCCAGGGACCGUCCCCGCUCGCCCUAUCCCCACUCCUGAAAUGGCUCUGUGGAGCUGGGGGUGCCCAGUGGGGGGAGCGGGGGGCUUUGGGGCAGGAUGGGGGUGCUGGGAACCCCAGGGUGCUGGGUGGAGGCAUGUCAUCCAUCCCAAAACCCACCCUGGAUCUGGGAAGAUGGGUGCAGGAGGCCAGCCGGGAGCCCUGAACCACGUUUGGGUAGAGGGGAUGGCCUGGAGGCGCAUCCCACCCUGGUGCAGCUCUCCAGGAGUGGGGACCGUGCAUGGGAUGUCACACCGACUGCCCACCACGUCCCCGUCCCUGCAUGGAGCCCCUUGCUGGCAUUCCAUCCCGCCUGGCUGCUCCUUUGGCCGUGCCGGCAUUGCCACUAACACGUGCCGGGAUGUCAGGGAAUGAAGCUCCACGGUAUUCCCAGCUCUGGGAAUGAAACCGGGAGAAACCCUUGGCCAGAUUGAUGAGAUGCCAGAAGCCGCAGUAAAAUCCUCCUCCAAUAAAUACCAAGUCUUCUUCUUCGGGACCCACGAAACGUGAGUGGGGCCCUGGCGCACGCGGGAGACGGGGCCGAGGGGGAAGAAGGGCAACGGGGAGGGCAGCAGCGAUGAGGAGGGGAAGCUGGUGAUCGACGAGCAGUCCAAGGAGAAAAACGAGAAAGCCGGGAUCAAGAGGAAAGCGGAAGAUGCUUUGGAGGACUCCCCCAAACGCACCAAGGAGGCGGAGGGGCAGGAAGGGGAGAAGAAGGUAGACAACGAAGAGGCCCCCAAGGAGGAGCCGAAACCCAACCUGACCGAAGGGGAGAAGGAGAAGAACAGCGACGCCGCCAGCGUGCCGGACGCCAACGAAGCCAAGCAGGAGGGCAAGGAGAAAGCGGGCGCAGAGGAGGUCAGAGACCACAAGGAGAGCCUGUAGUGGCCUCCCCGGCGAGCUGAUCUUCCCGCCUGCCCCUUCCCCGCUGGGCUCCCUGGGUGCUGCCCCAUCUCGCCCUCGUCGGCUCGUCACGUCCGGAGCUCCGGACAAG